UAUCUCAUACGCAGGUGUGGUCUUCUUAUCAUUAUCGCUGGGAUUGCGUCCUUACCACAAAUGGGUUAUCUGUUUCUCUUGGAGUGUCGAGGCUAUUUUACUUUCGUCCUGAUCAUCACAGAGUCCGCCACUCGGUUUUGCAUUAGUGCUUCCUUUAUUUGGGACUGAAUACUUGUACAAGCUUUCUCUCAAAUCGCCUCACGGACACCGCCUACUCCAGCAGUCAUGAUGGUGAAUGUGAGCACCAACGUAUCGCCUUGGCCAUGCGAUACCUCACCGGCAGAUGAUGUCCAUCCUCACUCCGCCAAUCCAGCGCUUCAGCAGCAGCCAAUGUCGGACCCACGUUACUCGAGGGAGAUUUUCGAGACUUGCUCCAUCCCAGUCAAGGUCGGAAAUCCUCAUCUAGCUCGCAAGCCCGCGUUCGCAAACACGAUGUCGAACAAAAAAUCGCCUGGCAAGCAGAUUGCCUCCUCUGGCUCUUCCGGUCGCAAGAACAGCCGUCGAAACCGCCUUUCUGCGCUUUUCGGUCACAGCCCGGAGCAGAUUGGCGAUGCUACUGAGCAUGAGACGGCCCCUCAAGAGGAGGGUACGCCUACCAAGAUCACCGUAAACAACCGGCAUGAGAAUGGAAGUCACCUUCAGAAUUCUGCUACUCUGCUCGAUAACGAUCGCAAGGAGAAUGAUACUCGCGACUCUGUUGUCACCAUCGUCACGACACGUUCCGUCACUACUGAAGACAAGGACGCACCUAAGUCCGACAUCGCAGCUUCCGCGAACAAAAUCGACACCUUCGAUUUUGCCAAUAAGACUCAGAUACAGGGUGAAAUCUUGGAGCUCAAGUCUUGUGCUAAACUAACUAUCGGUGAAGCAAUCACGAACCCGUCGCCGAGUCGCAUGACGAAGUUGCCCAUUCAUCGCCAUAAGAGAGCUUCAAGCUCCUUCAAGAUUGUCGACAGGGACUCUGCGGACGCUGUGCUCCUGUCUGCUUCUUCUUACAAUCCCUCUCCUGGAAAUAAGAACAAUGCUGUUACGAAGCUCGGCAUGCAGGCGCCCUCUUCUACUAAGCUUCCCCUGCACAACCAGCGCCAUGAUCAGGAGGCUCUGCUGCUGCGCUCGUCUACAUACUCUGGCUCUACCAUCUACAACGGUAGCCCUCAGAACAAGCCCACCCAUAGCAAGCUCAAGGGCAAAUAUCCUACCAAGAAUGCCUGUUCUCUCUCUUCAUACACAGAGCCCGGCCCUGCGAUCAAGAUUACCGACAGCAACGAGGAGAUUGCUACGAAGCUCAAAGCUAUGGCUUCCACUCCCGCUGCAGUGUCUACUCCUGCCACUCCUCUUCUCAGCGCACUCAAGACCUACGCCCCCGACAAGUCUCCGGGCGAGAAGAAGGUCCGCUUCGCCACGACGUCCUCUACUAAGUCUGACGAAAACGACAAUGAGAGCGGAGGCUCGGAAGAUUCGGACAAGACCAUCAAGCCUGGUGAUGGAGGCAUGAAAGCGGCCCCGGAUGCCAUUCUAUCGCCUACAAUCUGGGACAAGAGUGCUGAGCCCAAGAUCUGGGUAAAGAACGGCAAGCCCACCCUCUUUCAGCCUCAGAAGUCCCCCGGCUACUACACCAACCCGCUUUGGUCUCGCCAGUAUCCCGAGAUUCUCUCAGACGAUCCCCGAGUCAACCCCUAUGCUGCGAGCAUCGCUGGAAGUACCACGUCUACGAAUGGAAGCCAUUAUUACGAUUACCCCGCGGCCCGCGUCGCCCCCGACUUCGAUGUGGGCAACAAGCUUCACGUUAAUGGUGAAUCCAGCAUCAACGUGAACUUCGGUACGGGUGCUGCGCCUGCUCGCACUCCUUUCACCAGAACCACUCGAGGCACUAUGCCUUCGCCCCCCGGUGCCAACCAGAAUUUGGUCGACCGCGAUUUCCCGGACAGGCCUUCUGUCCCUGCUGGUUUCGGCAUGCCCCCUCUUUAUAGAGGCCAGAUCAAGCUCGAAAUUGGUGGCCGUCGCUUUGUUAGCUCCAUGGACGUUCUUGAGAGAAGCCCCUGGUUCAAGUACAUCUUCUCCAUCAACUUCCGCGAUUGGUACCGCGAUGGCGUCUUUCACUUCGACAAUGAUGGAGAUCUCUUUGCCCACAUCCUGCGCUUCCUGCGCACUGGCAUGCGCCCUCUCUUCUGGGAUGCGCGCAACGGCUUCGACUACGCUAUGUAUGCGAUGAUUCAGAAGCAGGCUCGCUACUACAUGCUCUACGACCUUGAAGCUUGGAUCGCCCAGCAGAAGUACUAUGACGUCGUGGAGACUCAAGUCAUUCACCAGAAGUUCAUCAUCCCCAACGCUCAAGGCUGGAUUCACGAGCAGAGUCUCGUGGGUCUUCACACCUCUGAGAUCUCUGGCGUCGUUGGACACCGCAAUGUGGCUCCUGAGGCCCCUGUUGCAGACGUGUUCUACUCCCAGAAUGGAGAGAGCUCCAAGGGCAAGGACAUCGCGGUUCAGCAGAACGGCCCUGGAGGUGCUGUGGCGCUGUUCACCACCGAGAAGGUCGUCAGAGUUCACGUGGACCAGCUUGGCCCUUUCUGAGGCUUGGACUCAUCUUCACUUGUAUCAUGUCGGAGUAUUCAGAAAAUUUGGCCAUGGAAAGGAACGUGAUAUCGCACUGGAUUUGUUUUUUGAGAACUUUUGCUGCUUCGUAUGUAGCUCGUUUGGCCAUGAUAAUGAGGGGGAUGGAU